AUGAGGCGAGAACAAGUUUGUGGCUUUGUGGAGCCGACCAGCUGACCAAUGACAGGGAGGAGGGAGGAGCUGAGGGAGAGCGAGGAAGGGAUUGAGAAGAGGGAAGGAGGGAUUGUGUGUAACAGAGUGGAAAAUACCAAGGAGAGACAGACACAUGCCUUUGUUAUUUUUGUCUUUCUUACCCCCACCUCCCCUCAGCUUCUUCUCUUCCAUCUCUUGUUCCCUGACUCUUUAUUUUUGCAGAUUUAAACCCUCUCGACCUCUGUUUCACCUUCACGGUCAAGGCGAUAAAAACAUGGUGUUACACUUACGGACACAGAAUAAUCUUUUGGCUAGGAAGUUGUCAUCAUUAUGCUGCUUCCUUAAUAAUAAAUUAGAAUAGUACUGAUAUUUCUGAACAAUUAAAAGCUUUUUCGAGAUUCCUUUUAAGGUUUUUUUGAGGGACAUUGUGUUUUCCCCAGAAAAUAUUGCACCUAGAAGUUAACACAGGUAUUUAUUUAUUUUACAUAAUCAUAAGAUUUGGACACAAUGGGCAACUAGUGGCUUGAAACAUACAUGUCCCUUGCCUUUGACUAUAAUUCUUAUUGGUGUUGGUGGAAAUGUAACUCAGAUAACAUUAAUUAAUCAUUUAAGAUCAUAUAUGAUCAAUAAAGAUUUUAACUGUUGCACACUAUGGUAAAAAAAAAAGAAAACCGAUUAUAAAAGAAUCGUAUUUCUCCGAGGCAUUUUUAAUAGAAGUGGAUUACUUAGAUUGUAGUGGAGUCAAGAUUCAAGACCACAGUUGUAUCAGAGAGUCUGUGUGCCCUGGACUCCAUCUAGCGAAGAGGAGGUGUCAGUUCCACUUCCUCUAUGCUGAAGUAAAUUUUUGCAUGCAGAGGCUUCACAAAACAGCAUGACAUCACUGCUGCCUCUUUGCAAACACUGCAUCAGCACUCGAGGAGAAGCUUUGAAGCAGUGUAUUGCUUCAGCUGCAGGCAGGAUAUGGCGCUGUUGUGAGUCCUCGCAAGAGUCUGCACAAAAUAAAACUUAUAUUAAUCAUGCACAAUCAUUUUGAUCGACGACAGAAGUUGCGGUUUGAAACAGAACGUGUUGUUGAAGGCAAACACUUGCUUAUGUCUCUACAUGCAUAAGGUAAGCAUGAAAACUCCCACUGCUGAAACUCCCACUGGGCAUCUGUGCCGAACCAUGUGAAACUGCAAAAAUCAGGUGAUCGCCUGCUGCAUCAAUAACUGAUGUAGCAGUUAGGAAGUGGUGGGAGUGAUUGGAGAUUUCUAUCAAUAAAAACACACGCUUUGUCAAUGUCAGCGGUUGUGGUUGUUUGGCGUACACAUGUGCAAGAUGUGGCAAACGCUGCGAUGCGAGGCCUCUUAAAACCGUAAACUUUCUCUGUGUGCGCGCGUGUGUGUGUGCGUGCGUGCGUGCAUGUGUGUGUUCCAAAAGAUCAAAAAAAAAACAGAGAGUGGGCAGCGGAAGCAUGAUGUGACUCAAAGUGAGAAAUCCUCUUCACCUCAGACUAAAUUAUGUGUGGGCCUUGUCAUGACAGGGGGUUCACCUGCUGAGGCCCUGCAAAAUCAAUAGCCGGGACCGGGGCUGCUGUGCAAAAGCCAGGUCCUCUUUUCUUAUGCUUUAAUACGAGAUGUAAGAGAUUGGUGAAGAAGACAGCAAGGAAACGUGUAGACAGUGCGAGCAGGCAGCAGGCACGAGUGACAGAAUAUUGCUUAUUUUGACGGCGGUUUCAUGAAAGGCCUCCGUUUCCCGCAGACGGUCAUCUCCUGCACUGAACGCUGACCUUUGAGCUCUUUUGGUCUGAAGCAAUUCCUGACCAUUUCAAAGCAAUCAUUAUGUUUGACGUGUCGCUCAUUCGGGAUGAAACGUUACUCACAUCCGGCCCCGGGGGCGAGACGAGCAGGGAGAAUUCGCAAGGGAACGGAUCCUGGGCUGUCAGACGGCAGCUGCGGUGGCGACGUGCCUGUUUCACAAUCCCUUUUUUCUUCUUUUUUUCCUCGCACGAGUGUGUCCAGGCUAGUCUAAAGAGCGGUGUUCCCGCCCUCACUACGCCAGGCAAACGCCAUCAGGCAGUCAUACGCCUACCAUCAGCUGAGGAGUUGCACAGCAGUCUCAUUUCUAAUUAUACCCGCAACAACAGGGAGCUACAUGAGGCCAGGGAGAGAGUGUGUGGGAUAUGGAGAGAGGAGGGUGAUUACAAAUGGAAGAGAGGCUGAGAGUGCUACUAAGCAGCAAACACAGGCCAGGCAGGACGACACGAGGCAGACAGUGGGAUGUGCUGUGUGAAGACGGAUGCGCAGAGAUUAAGGAUGGACGGACGGAGGACCAUGUAGAUGUCCAUCACCUCGUCAAUACGGCAAUUGGUGGUUGAAGAGCCUUCAGUUGAAGCCGAUGGCAAAUUUGUUGUUGAGAUGUCAUGGGGAUGUUUGCAGGCAGUGAUUUCACCUGCAUGGUGGCACAUCCAGAGCGGAGGGGUGACGGCUGGGCCAUCUGUGAACAACACUGCGAAGAGAAAGAGAGGAAGGGACAGAUGAACAAAGAGGGAGGUUGAACGGAGGAUCGUGACGACCUUGGACCAAACUGUCUGCCACUCUUGCCAAGAGAGACUAAUGGAGUCUGCAUCGCAUGAUCGCAACACCUCCUCAACUUCUGCCGGAGGGCCUACAGUGUCAGUCUGAGUGACACGCAGCGCGAGCCAAUGAGUUUCACACCACACCAGGUUCUAGUCCCGGACAGGGACAGCCUUCCGCUGAAAAAGAGGGACCAAAGGCUGAGCUCGGUGUCGCAGCCGCAGCCGCAGCCGCAGCCGCAGCCGCAGCAGUGCGAUGCAGCAACAUUCAAGGCUCCUUAUCCGUACAAGAGCCCCAGUGAGUUUAAGACAAAACACACUGGCCCAUUCCAGCCAGUGCCCAGACGAGUUCCUGCUCCCUACCAGCCCUGGAUGCAAAUGCAUCCGUCCGCCAGGCCCAGGCCUCAUGUGCAAUCGGCAUUCAGGGAGCAUCAUGGCUGGCCAGAGUGGAGAGAGUUCAACCCCCUGCACGCCGGAUGGGACUUCCCCCACCACUAUCAGCACCACGGCCACUUAUCUGGCUCAGCUGCAGUCCACCCAGGCCAUCCACACCCCCCCUCCAGGUUCAGCCCCAUCUCCCUGGUCUCGGAGGGUUUCCGAAUGGGCGAAGCGUGCGACUGGGAGCAGCUCAAGACAUUAAGGGACAGGAGUUUUCACGCCGACAGGCAGAGCAAUGGCAGGAAUAAAGGACCAUACGCGAGGAGAAGAGACAGGAGAGAUGAGUAUUUUCCCCGGGUGGAAAAGGCAAGUCCUGCGUCGUUGAGCAUUUACCUACCUCAUCCUCCGCCUGAGGAUCGACGUGACUUGUUGCACAAAUCAGCAAACGUUAUCCAGCGUCCUGUUUCUGAACAUUCCUUCAGAAGGGUUUCCCCUGGCGAUAACUCAAACAGCGCCUGCACCUCCAUGAAAGAGGGCAGCCCCGGGAUUCCCUCUCUCGAGCAGCCGCCCCCGAACCGUUUCCCCUGGCUGCUGCCUCACUUUGUGGCCGGCUCUCUGAUCGAGCUCCGAGACGGGCGGCUGAGACCGGUGGAGCACUUGCAGACGGAGGACUUCCUGCUGGGAUCGCUGGCCUGUCCAGACCUGCACCUGAGCUGCUGCACGGUGCAGAGCAUCUUCCCAUCGGCCUCCUCCGCCUCCACCUCACGCCUCCUCAUCCUUCUACACGAGCAACAGUCGCAGGAGUUGGUGGAUGUUUAUGUGGAGUACCCGUUCUUUGUGCGCGGCCAGGGCUGGUCCUCCUGCAACCCCCCGAGAACUGCCCACCUCUGUGGCCUGCAGUGCCGUCAGCUCAGCGUGGGGGACGUCUGCCUGGCCCUCACGCCCGUCUCAGCUCCGCGGCCGCCGCCGCCGCCGCCACCAGUCGCCCAGGAGCCAAAAACCCCGCGCAGGAAGUCAGAGAUGGGGUGUGUGCCCCUAAAGACAUCACACCCACGGGUUGUCCCAGGGCCACGGUGGCCGGCAGUGGGGAAGAAGGAGGAGGCAGAGGCAGCGAGGAGGAGACACUGCUCAGCCCCUGAGCUGAGAGGUCCAGGGACUAACUGCAUGUAUUGAGGAGGGAGUGAGUCAAUCUCUUUUAAGCUCUGCUAUAGUCAUUACAUUACAUUACAUUACAUUGUCCAAAGGGACUUAUAAAAAGUGCAUUCAACCAUGAAGAUAUAACCAAAAAAAAAAGUGCAAGAAUUCAUCAUCCUAAUCGUCCUAUAUUUGAUGUCUUUCUACCUCCUGAAUCACAUUUCUGUGUUUUGACUGUCUUCUUUUGAAAAAGGGGAUCUAAAGAAAUAAAUCUAAAGAAGAUCAAUAACUCUCAGGAUGCCCUAGAGGUUAUGUUAGCACAUAUUUGUCAAGUUGAGUCCCUUUUGAUUAUGUGAGUUGGAUGGGGUUAAAAUAUUCCGUCCUGUGUGACCACCCUUGUGCAUGUGACAGAGCUCUUUUUGGGAGAAAGUGAAAACGUGUUGCCGCUGACCGCUGCUUCACGGACAGUGAGUUUGAGAAAGAUACGUUAGGUUCCAAAUAAUGUUGUUUUAGUUUGUAUUCUCUCCUGCAGCACUGUAAAAAAAAAAAAAAAUCAGCCCGUAUUCCCUGAAAAGCGCAUUGGAAAAAAAUACUCCCUCAGGCCGUUCACUGCUGGGAAUAUCAUUUAAAGCUUAUUUCUCUUUUGCCUAAUGUUAUGUAAGAGUCCUUCAUCCUCACAAAUGAUAGAUUCGUUUUUUUCAGAGGGAAUUUGCGCAUUGACAAUCAAAUGAUAUUUUUGAUUGUACGACUAGGACUUUCAUUUACGCUUCUACCUCUAUUUUCUAUUUGCGGCGACAGACAUAAUUGUGUGUUUUUAACAGUGCCGGCUGUGAUGUAAUAUGCUUUUGCUGGAAGCAUUCAGCCUCUCAGUGAAUGUCACUGUGAAUGCCUUUGUUUGCCAGAUGAUUAUAUGCACACAUUAUGUCAAGUAUGCGCUUUGCUUUUUCGUACUGAUGCAUAUUUUCAUAGUGGCGACGCUUGUGCUAUUCUAAGUGCUUUAUGAAGGCACAAUCUGUAAUCAGCGUACAGCGUCCUGUGAAUACGAUGUGAAUACACACACAGUGCCAUGACUAUGGUGAGGGGCAGGCAGGUUGCUGUCAACCGAACCGCAGAUUCAGUCUUUAUCAUGUGAAACAGUUUCCUCAAUGUUGA